CUGUAUCUCUGUCUAACUGUUUGUUGACGAGACAAGUUUGCACAAUACACAAACCGUUUGUGUCGUGCAGUGCAUGUGUGGGUGUGUGGGCUGGCGGAAUGAAUCGAGUCAGUCAAGGAACGGACGGACUCGAGCAACUCGAUUGAUUGAAAAUGUGAUCGUCGUGUCGCGACUCUGUGAUCGUCGUGCCGCGCCUGUCCGUCCAGCCACUCGACAUGCACCACAUAUCACCUCACCUCACCAGCAGCGUAGCAUGUAUGUGUGUAGAGACCAAACUCACGCAGGCACGCACGCACGCACACAAAAACCACUACACUCGAUCAGCCAGCCAGACAGUCAUUGAUCGGUUCGAUGCCUCCGGCCAUCCCUCGCGUCACGUCACGCUCUGCGCGUGCAGUGUGUCCAUUCACUCACUCUAGUGGAUUGGAUGCAUGGCGGCCAUUCUUUCGAAGCCAGCCGACCGACUUCAUUUCUUCAGACUUGGCGUGCGUGUCUCUAUAUCACGCACCAGAGCGACCGCUGUCCUCGCUGUCUGCCUGCCAGUGUAUAGGGCCCUUCGGGCGCCAAAGCAGGUCUCGCCCCACACACACGCAAAUCCAUCCAAUCCCAGCCCAGGGCCCGGCCAAGCGCACAAUAGUCAGUCAGUCAGUCGGCCAGCCAAGCGAGCUACUCCCCCCCUCUCACUCCACGCGUGCAUCCGAGAAUGGGCAUCACAUCAAACAGUCGGCAAAAGGAACAAAAGGCACGGCACACAGUCGGCACAACACACACGGCCCUGUGUGUACGCUGGUGGCUGUCUGUGUGGUCGGGUCGGUUGUUUAGUGGUAUUUCUGUUUGGCGAGUGAGUAGAGGAGUGUGCCGCCGACAGCGAUGGCCGAGCCGAUGCCGCCCACGAGCGAGAUGGGGUUGCGGAAGACUAUCACCGACGCCAAGAUGAUCACCACACGCUUCAGAGUGUUGGCCACAGCAUGAGUCACCGCAUUCAGUCUAAACACACACACAUCCACCCAACACACGCCUUGAUGUGACGACCGUGUGUGGGGGGGGAGGGGGUAGAUUCUGACCUGCCGAGGGUGAUGAAUGCGACUUCGUUGUAUGAGUAGUACCAGACGCCGGACAGCAGCGUGUACCAGGCAAUGCUCUGCCAGGUGUUGCCGCUGUCGAUGGCCGUCGCCUUUUCCCACUCGCCGCUGAUCUCCUUGCCCUCGAUCAUCAGCGCCACCACUGUGCUCAGGAGCUGAUACACACACACACACAGACACACACACACACACACACACACACAUAUGGGGGGGGUUCAACCAUGGUGGUGUGUGUCGGUGUGAGCUUACCGUCGAGACGAUCGUCAGGAGCGAGUACAGGUUCGCGGAGUCAAGGUUCUCACCGAUCUCCUUGGUGUCCUUCUGAACCCUCUUCGCGAAAAUGCCUACACGCACACAGAGAGAGAGAGAGCAAAGGGCUCUUCUCCGGGCCCCCUGCCCGCCCACCACACGAGUUCGUUCUCACUUCUGAGUGACGAUCCCAGGUUGGAGACCAUUGCGCCGGUGAACGAGAGCCAGGUGAAGGAGAGUUCCUUCAUGGCCGCCACGGCCACGCCGCCCACCACGGGGACGAGCGCCAGGUAAGUGAGCGGGUGGAAGACCUCCUUGAGCAUCACGCCCGCCAGCAAAGCCGUUAUGGCCGGCUCGCCCGCCUUGACGAUGUGCGUGAACGACACCGCACCAGCAGCUGGACAGACACCACACCACACAACCACACAUAGUUCAGUCACAUCACAUGGGACGCCUUCCUGUUGGUUCAGUCAGCGACCUGACCUACCCAUUGACACGGCGGCGCCAGCGUGGACGCCCAAGUGGAAGACGCCCUGUGGGGCGAUUUUCUUCCAGAAUGCGGGCCAGUUGUUGAUGAUGGGCAUCUUGCGGCCGCCGGUGAGCCAGAGUGGCCAGAACCAGAGCCAGCCGAUCCAGAGCUGGAUGGUGGAGAUGGUCCAUGGCAGGUUGAGCAUGUUGACGGCCUUCUUGUUGUGGAUGUUGUACCAGGUGUUGAGGAAGUACCACAGAGCCACCAGACCCAAUGUGAUGAGCGUCUCCCUCAUGUCGCUUGAGGCCGCCUUCUUCUCCUCCUGCGUCAAUGAGUGAGAGAGGACAGGACGACGGACGACAUCGACAAGAGCGCAUGAUUGCCUGCCUGCCAGCCUGGCUGUGGCUGAGUGGCUGAUGUAUGUAUACCUCCUUCUUCUCAUUGUCCCUGAAGGUGCCGUACGCUGCGCCGCGGGUCGUCAUGGUGUGGGCUGCUCGGCUGCCUGGGAGAUCUACCAGACAGGCAGACAGCACGUUCACACACGCCACAUGCACAUGCAGACAGGUUUUCGUUGUCGUGGGGCAGAUGUGGGUACCUGAGCGGUGCC